GUCUCAGAGCUUUCACCGGUCAAGUUUCUUCUCUUUCGCUAUCCAGCCCUCCGAGCCAAGUAAGUGUCCCCUUCCUUCUCUACUUUCCCGGUCAUGUCUUCUCUUAGCGAUAGGAUCUCUUCCUCAGGGGACUGCUCCUCUGAGGACUCCAACUCUUCUUCUUCGACCGAGUCUUCUUCUCUUGACUCUACACCCGUCCUACCGGGCGGGUCUGGCUGUGAAGGCUUUGUAUUCUUCAAAGCCCGCACCGGUAGGAAGUUCAUUUCCGAAGUCCCCCAGAGUAAUCGGGGAUGGAAGGAAAAAUUUGUUUUCAUCGAGUUUCCUCCCUUCUUCACUCCUCUGGCCGGUCUAAAAUGGAAUGACCAUCUACUCGACCAAGAGUAUGCUGCACCGGCCUCCUCCCCAGACUUGGAAGCUAACCUCGAGAUCCUCAUGCGCGGGGAUCUUCAAACCGGGAGGAUCUUCCAUCAAGGCAGCUGGGUUUGGAGGGUAGAGUCGGGUGGUGAGGGUACCUCCCAGGCCCAGGAAGCAGCAGGGCACGGGGUACCCUCCCCGGGCAACACUGCAGAGGCCGAGGGCCAAAACCACCCAGAUAUGGAGUUUGAGGAGUUCACCAUCCCUGACGACCAACCAGCCGGGGAGACCGGGGGCUCCCAAGCCAAUCCUGCCAGGACUUUCCCGGUCAAUCCAGAGGCCGUGGAAAUCCUGGAUGAAGAUGAGCCCCAAGAAGACCGGUCUAAGGGGAAGGAGAAGGAGAAGGCCGGUCGCCGGGUGAAGAAGGUGGCCACCACGCACCCCUCCUAUGCCAAGAAGAGGGCCCGGUCAGAUCCUGAGUCGGCCGGCCAGACCAUCGAAGAGGCCUUCGUCAACCUGGGGCUGAGGCUGAAGGAGGUAAAUUCUGCUGCUAUCCCGGUCUUGAUCCCUCUUCGCUAUUAUUCCAUUCUUACCGGGCUUCUUUUUCCUCUUGUGCAGGCGGGGGAGAUUGGACCCCUCACAGCCGACCGGCUUAGUUUAAGCUCUCCCUCUGAGUUUGCCCGGCUGAAGAAGGAGAAGGAGGAGAUGGCCCUCAUCUUGAAGAGCCAGGCUGAUGAGCUGAUCCGGCUGUCUGGGCUGGCCGGGGCAAUGAAGACUGAAAUCUCCCAACUGAAAGAGGAGAAUGGCCGGCUUUUGGACGAAGUCUCUGAAGCCAAGAGGGAAGCAGCGGAGAAGGAAGAAACCUUCCCCGGGCGCGCUGUCGCCUGGGUUGAAGAGAACAAAGUCGUUGCUGCCCGGGUGAUGACGGCGACUCCCGAGACCACGAUGGAGUCCUUCAGGCUUCUUUACCGGGAGCCUUAAGGAAGAAAGAUGAUUACCGCGA